UAGAAUGUCAGUGGUCCAUACAACUAUCUACCAUUGUAUUGCUGAAAAAGAAUGUGCAUGAGCACAUUGGUGUACCCUCCACUAUAAAAACUGAGAGUUGUACAAGUGAUUCAUAUUGCAUAAAAUAUAGAAGUAGUCACAAACUAUGAUAUCAUUGUAUUCUGACCAAAACUCUUAAACAAAUGCAUUUUCCAAUUUCAGACCGAAGAAAAUCAGCAUUUAUCAUACCAAGGUAUAGAUCCAGACAGUGUCCUGAAUGGAGACCUGGAAUCAGGGGUUGCUGAUUAUAUCACCCAGCUUUUACGUAUACAGUUCCCUGGUGUAAGUGGACUGCUAGCACCAACACAUUUAUAUGCUUUAGCGAGAGAACACAAACACUAUCAGAAUAUACCAAGUUAUGAAUUUGCUGUCCAAAUACAUGUGUAUCCUGGACAUUACCUAAUGUCUGCACAAAUCAAUGGAACAUUGUAUGUUAUAGACAGUUUGUACCACCAGCAACACCUUGCUUUUGUUAUGCCUCAAUUGAAAUUACUAUAUACAGAAUCCGCUGUGAGAUCUCUUAGAUACAUAAGCCCACAAUCACAAGGAAGUACAAAUCUGUGUGGAUAUUUUUCUGUAGCUAAUACAUAUUGUGUGCUCUUAAACAGAUCAGUCCCCUAUGGAAACUUUUGUAUUGAUCAGAUGAGAAGUCAUUUGAGGUCCUGUUUAAUCAAUGGUGAAGUAACAUCAUUUCCAAGUGAUAAUUCAGAUUCUGUGAAGAAGAAAGAAAGCUCAGGUUUACUAAGUAAAUCUUCAGUUCAAAAUGCUCCUAAUAAGGAAUCUGGUGAAAGUUUGAUUGAAAAAUAUUUCACUUAUCAGAACAAAAAGAGUGUUUUAAAGAAACUAACUAAAAGAGAAAAGUACAACUUAAAAUUACAGAAAAAUCGAAACCAAAGACAAACAGCUAAAAUUAGUCCAAAGAAUUUCUUUAAAGAUGAAAGGCGUUUGAAGGACAAAGAAAGAAAACACAAAGAACGUAAAAAUAUGACUAGUUUACAGAAACAGGAAAUAAGAAACAAAGAUAGUGCUAGGAAAAAACUGAAACGGAAAAAAAUGGCUGACAGUGAAAGAAAUGUGACAACUGAAAAAGACAAAGACCGUAAAAUUAAUGAAAGAAGCAAAUUAACAAAUAUUGAAAAACAAAACAAUCGUGAAAUAAAUAGACUUCAACAGCAAAAACUUCGCUCUUUAAAAACUACUGAAGAGAAACAAAUACUGAGAAACAUUAAUUCAAGUACAAAAAAGGUAUUCAGAGACUCAAGAAGUGAUCAAGAAAAAAAAUCAGAUCGUUUAAAACAUUCACAAGCCAAAAAACUUUCUAGAGACAAUCAAAGUGAACAAAAGAAACAGGCAGUUUGUUUAAAAGACAGAAAAGCACAUAAAGAAUUGAGAAAUUCUAAAACAGAAAAAGAAAAAGAAGCAAAUCGUCUGAAAAAUAAGAUAGCUCAUAAAAUAACAAGAGAGUGUCAAAGUGUAAAAGAAAAAGAAGCAAAUCGUCUGAAAGAUAAGAUAGCUCAUAAAAUAACAAGAGAGUGUCAAAGUGUAAAAGAAAAAGAAGCAAAUCGUCUGAAAAAUAAAAUAGCUCAUAAAAUAAGAAGAGAGUGUCAAAGUGUAAAAGAUAAAGAAGCAAAUCGUCUGAAAAAUAAAAUAGCUCAUAAAAUAAGAAGAGAGUGUCAAAGUGUAAAAGAUAAAGAAGCAAAUCGUCUGAAAAAUAAGGUAGCUCAUAAAAUAGCAAGAGACUAUCAAAGUGAACAAAAGAAACAGGCAGUUUGUUUAAAAGACAGAAAAGCACAUAAAGUAUUUAGGAAUUCUAAAAGUGAAAAAGAAAAAGAAGCAAAUCGUCUGAAAAAUAAGAUAGCUCAUAAAAUAACAAGAGAGUGUCAAAGUGUAAAAGAUAAAGAAGCAAAUCGUCUGAAAGAUAAGAUAGCUCAUAAAAUAGCGAGAGAGUGUCAAAGUAAGAAAGAAAAGCAAAUUUCAAGUUCCUUAGAAAGUUGCAGGAAAAAAAGAAAGCGAAAGAUGGAAUGCGAAGAACAGAAAGAAAUUAAUCGAGAAAAAGAUAGGAUAUCACAUAAAAAGAGAAGACUGAGCCAGUCUGAACAUGUUAAGGAAGUUUCAAGAGAAACUGAUAAGCUAAGGCAAAAUAAUAAAAGACACAGUUUAAGAGAAAAACAGUCAAAUAUAUCAAAAAGAAGCACAAGUGACUUGUCAAAAGAUGAAUUAAAUCAUAUGUUACAGAGUUUUUUUCAUGCUAUAUCUGAUGGACCUACCUAUGUGUGUUGCUGUUGCAACAGGUUUUUGUAUCGAUCUGCAGUUAAACGGCUUUCAAGUACAUUAAACCAGAACUCAACAAAAAUACCUAACUUUUCUUUGCAGUUAAAUGAGUCAGAAAUUUCCUGGAUAUGUGACACUUGUUCGACAAGUAUUCAGAAAAAUAAAUUGCCGUGUCAAGCUGUCUCAAAUCACUUAGAUGUUGAACCAGUACCACUUCCAUUGAAAAAUUUGCACAAUCUAGAGAAACAACUUAUAAGCAAGAUAAUACCAUUCAUGAAAAUACUAUCACUCCCAGCAGGCUCUCAACAUGGCUUCAAAGGACAGGUUGUACUGGUACCGUCCAACUUACAGAAAACUGCUACAGCACUCCCACGUCAGACUGGUGAAACACAAGUUGUGGCAUUAUCAUUGAAGAGGCGACUGUCAGACAAGUAUGGGUCAGUCAGGCAGUACAUUCGUCCACAUGCUGUUAAUAAUGCAAUUGAUUUUUUAACAAAAAACAACUCACAUUAUUCUACUGUAUCUGUGAAUGAAAACUGGACUGACGAAAGUAAAAGCAAUGAUGAAAUGUUUUGGAAUACUGUUUCACAAACCACUAACAUUUCAGGUAAAAGUGAUUCAGAGGAAGAUAUUCAGAAUGAAGUUGAAAUAAGACAGACGUCAGAUCCCAAAACAAAUACAGAUGAAAAUUCUGGUGAAAUAAUAGACUCUGAAGAUGAGGUAGACAAUGACAAUCCACUAGAAAUCGUUGAAGAUCUAAGUUUUAAGAGAUCACUGGACUCUACAACAUGUUUGUAUCCAGAAUUUGGACCAGCUGUGCCAGGAAAUAAAAUACUGAAUCUAGCACCCGGUGAAGGUCAGGUCCCAGUGUCUGUGUUUUAUCAGGAUCAUUGGGAGACAUUGGCAUUUCCAACACUGUUUCCUUCAGGUAAAGGUUCAUUUCAUGAAGACAGGCAAAUUAAGAUAACCCCAAAGAAAUAUGUUAUAUCAAGGUUACUGUCAAAAGAUUGUCGCUUUGCAGAAAGUCCUGAGUACACUUUCCAAUGUCUCCAUUGGAUUGAGUCUACUACAGUGUCUGACAGUAUUAAUAUAUCACUUAAAAAGUCUAGACAGUCACCAGUUACUGUUCGCCAGCUACAGGAUCCACAGAGAGUGCAUACAUUAUUUAAAGAUGAAGAAAUAUUUGCUUCUUUCAAGAAGAUCCGAGGCACACCACAAUAUUGGAAAGAGAUGCAACAAAAUAUGUUGGCCAAAAUUAGGCAUUUUGGUACAUACACAUUUUUCCUGUCUGGGUCAGCCGCUGAUUUUCAUUGGCCAGAACUUAUCAGAAUUGUGGCAAAACAGUAUGGAGAACACUACAGUCUUGACUACGUAGAAAAUCACAUGGACAAGAAGACCAAACGCAACUGGCUUGCUCGAAAUCCUGUUACUGUUGCCAGACACAUCGACUUUAUCUUCAGAAAAUUGUGGGGAAAUGUCAUUUUGUCUGGUGUUCAUCCAAUAGGUCAGAUUUUGAAUUAUGACAUCAGGAAAGAAAUGCAGAGCCGUGGCACUGCUCACUUCCAUUCCGCCAUUCAUGUUAAAGAUGCACCUGUAUUAGACAAAGACAGUGAUGAUGUUGUUAUUACUUUUGUUAACAAGUACAUAACAUGCUCAAUACCAACUGAAAAUGAUAUAUUAAAGGACCUAGUUCUCUCACGUCAGACACAUCACCAUACCAGAACCUGUAAGAAAAAGAAAGGACUUAAUUGUCGGUUCCACUUUCCUAAACCUCCUUCGGAAACAACUGUUAUAGCACGGCAACCUACUGGAGAGCUAGCUAGGCGUGAGUUGGAUAAUGCUAGACAGAUCCUCAAUGCUGUGAUGGAAACACUUGAGAUAACUGGCACUGAUGUAACCCUGACAGAGCUCCUGACAGCUGCAAACAUCAACAAGCAGGACUAUAUGCAAGCUAUCAAGUCUUCUUUGAAAAGGACAUCCAUCAUCCUGAAAAGAACCCCUUCAGAAAGUCACGUGAAUCCAUAUAACUCUGUUAUCCUUUCAGCAUUAAGGGCAAACAUGGAUAUCCAGUUUAUAACUGAUGUGUGGGCCUGUGUUGCUUACAUUACUUCAUACAUGUGUAAGCCAGAACGCACUAUGUCAGACCUUAUGAGAAAUGCUUGCAAAGAAGCAAACAAUGUGAAAGACAAACUAAAAAGGAUUGGCAGUACGUUCUUAAAAAGCAGAGAAGUCUCACAGCACGAAGCUAUUGCACGUUUGCUCGGACUUCCACUAAGAGAAACAAAUACCCCCGUAUUGUUUGUCCCCACUGGAUACAGUCAUCAGCGUACAAGACUUCUGAAACCACCACAGGUUUUGGAGAAGUUGAAUGAUGAAGAUACUGAUAUUUAUCAGCCGAACAUCACAGAUAAAUACUCUGCACGACCUAAUAACCUUGAGGAGAUAUGUCUAGCUGAAUUUGCAGCUAACUACAUGACAGCUAGCAAAUCCUGCACUACAGUUGAAACUCUUGAUGAGAUAGAAUGUAACACAGAACAAUCCACAUCCAAGACAAUAAAACUUAAAAAUGGAUUAGGAACAAUGAAGAAGCGUAAAAAACCAGUAAUCCUGAGAGAUUAUCCUGUGUCUCGUGAGAAGGAUUCUGAGAAGUAUUACCACAGGCUGCUGUUGCUCUACCUUCCAUGGAGGCAUGAGGAUGAGUUAGAGAAUGAGGGAAGUUUUGAAGAGAAGUUCACCAACCACAUGAAAGCAAUCGAGAAAACCAUUCAGCAUUAUGAACCAUUUGUAGAUGAAGUGCAGAUGGCUGCCACAAUGUGUGAUACGGAUAACUGUGAUGAGGAAAUCUGGGACACAAUCGCUCCUCAAGCUGAACAAUGCCGUGA